AUGGUUCUUACAACUGAAAAAUCUUUUGGCGUUACACAUAUCAAGUCCUACAUCCCUAUCGUCUUAGAUAUGCAGAAGAUGAAUUAUGAUGCUUGGCGUGAAUUAGUUGAGACCCACUGUCUCAGCUUUGGUGUUUCUGGCCACCUCGAUGGCACUUCUCUACCGACGAAUGCUGAAGACACACCAUGGAAGGAACGUGAUGGUCUCGUCAAGAUGUGGAUCUAUGGUACCAUCUCCUCUUCUCUCCUCGAUACAGUCCUCAAAACUCGCUGCUCUGCUCGUGAUCUAUGGGUCACUAUUGAGAAUCUUUUCUGCGACAACAAAGAGGCCCGUGCUAUUCAACUUGAAAACGAACUUCGAUCUCUCACCAUUGGCGAUAUGUCAGUCCAUGAUUAA